CAACUUAUUCUCCUCUCUUUCUUUUCAUUAUCGCUCAUUCUUUCCUUCUGUCUGCAUAUCACUCAGUCCAUCUCUGAAGUCUGAGUGAGCACAGUGGAGUUGCUGGAGGAGUACUCGGCUAAGUCUGCCUCGUGGUCAAAGGAGAUCAUCAUAGCAAUGGAGUGCUUCAACACCCUGUUGCUUAAACUGCGGGAGGUCCAUGAGCGAGAAGUGGAGGGGUGGCAGGUGAAAAUCCAAGAGCUGUCUAACAAGAAAGGCUGUGACACAAAGCGAAUGGAAGAACUGUUCACCAAAAACCAGCAGAUGAAAGAACAGCAGAGAUUACUCACCGAGAACAUCAAGACCCUGGAGAACAGGCUGAGGGCAGGCCUGUGUGACAGAUGUACAGUAACUCAGGAGGUAGCCAAGAGGAAGCAGCAGGAAUUUGAAGCCUCGCAGAUACAAAGCCUCCAGCACAUCUCCCUGCUAGCCGCAGAAAUGAACAUCUUGAAAAAGGAGAACAAAAGACUCAAAGAUGAGCUCAGCAAUUUAAGAACACAACUCGAAUGUCACAGUGACCACAGCAGCACAUCCACAGAGGUCAAACCAAACAGGUCCCCUGAUCUUUCACCUGGAUCUAUGCCCCUCAUCACUAUGGUAACCAGCAGGGCCAGCAUCCAGCCAGUAGAUGGUGAUGUUGUAGUGAAAACUGAGGGAGACCACAGAGCUGGAGAAACUGAACACAGACAGUGGAAGGAAAUGUCCAGAAGCUACUAUGAGUCAUACAAGCCUCUUAAUACUCUCGCAUCAAUGUGCUGGAAGGCAGAUCCCACUGUAUCCCGUGUUGGAGAGAGACGAGCGAAGAGUACUGAAGGACUGGACCAGCAAUCCUCCAUCACUCCUCCAGCUCCCCAUCUCAAGAACUCAUCAACCGGUGGCGAAAUGAACCCCAUCAGACAUGUGCUGCAUGCUCCUGUACCCUGCCGUCCUCAGCCAAUCAAGAGCAGCACUGUAACUCUCCCAUGGCCCUUAUCUGAAUCCUCUGACUGGGUUUCUGCUGCUGCUCCAAAGACCAGUCUAGUACAACCUUCUCCCAGAGCAAACCCGCUACGGUUUCCAAACCUGAUCCAAACUAGCCAACAUGGCAACCCCCAAAGGCAGGGUUUGGGGUCUUUCUGGCACAAGCAGAGCCCCCCCAAGCCCUCUGCCACCGAGCCAACUGUGUUGUUCAAGUUGAAGAGUCUGUCAGAGCAAGUUGGGUAUCAAACAAAGCCUCAGAAAAAGGAAAUCCUGAUACCUAGGGCUGAUAGGUCCUCUGGAGAAGGGCUUAGAGAGGUGUAUGAGGGGCCUCUGGAUCUAUCAGAAAGGGGAAAGCCCAAAUCCAAUAGCCAAUCGCCAAGAGAUUAUUCACCCUUAGUCUUACAUGGUUUAGAGAGAGUACGGAACAGCCCGGACAAGGAUGUGAAGACAAAUUCAUCAACAGAUGAGCCAAUAUCAUCACCACAUCACAUCAUCCUCCCCUCAUCCUCCUCAGCAGCGCCAAUCAAACAACACGAGGAAGAGCAUGCCAGUGAUCAUAACCACAAGCAGGUAAUCAAAGAGCAGGAGCAGAAAGAGGAGGUGAACGGAAAGACUGAUGGGAAGAAGGUGCCCAUCCUCACUAUAUCUUUACGUCCAGUAGUAGUGCUGGAGAGUCUGAACUCUGCUCUGCAAAAGCAAGAAUCCUUAUCAUCAAAUGGCAAGUCAUCAUCACCAGCAGUUGAGACAGGAAGCAGUGGGGACGAGCAGGAGGACGAGGAGAGCGUAUCAGGACAAGAAAGCAACCAGGGCUGCAAGAGGAAGAGGGCAUCUGUGGAGACAGAAACCGACAGAGACUCGGGCACAGAGAACAUCCAGAAGGACAGGAAGAUCAAGAUCAAAGUGAGAACCGAGGAGAAGAGUCCAAGCUAAUAAGCAUCUUAUCGCACUGACUUGUUGAACUCUCUUAAACUUAAGCUUUAGCUGAUUGUUUUGGCCACUUGAGGGCAGCAUAACGAGCUGUGAAUGCAACACGGACACAUCACCACACCAACAAAUUAGCCCACAGUGGAGUGUUUGCACAUCCAGCAGACACAGAGCAGCUGUGACAUUCAUGUGGAGUCGUGUUUGUGUCAACCUGAACAGUAAUCUGCUGUUUGGUGUUGGGCAGGUAGCAUAUAAACCUGCUUCAGCAGAGCUUUUAUACUGAAACCAGCUGCCUGCUCAAAGUGAACCACUACAGUAAAGCUGCGGUGCAUAAACCCAGAACAUUUUAAACUUCAGUUCACUACAUUUCAAAUCGCAUCAUUCACAGAGUAACAACCAGUCACAUACAAUCAUUUUGCAAAAAAAAAUCUCAGUCGUCCAGGUCACAUCUGUUGAAGGUACCCAAAGAGAACAAGCUCAGCCUCUGAUCCGAGAAGCAUCUUCAAGGCGUCAGAACUUGUCCAGUUGUCUACAAGAUGGUACGGAUGGUGUGUGUUUCAAAAUGUGUAACAUUCUCAGCUUGACCAGAUUUUUAAUGUGAUGGGAACUGUGGAGCUCGUGAUUAUGAACAACUUAUUUCACAUCAUACAUAUUAAUUUGAUCCAUUUGUUAAUAUAGAAAUUGAGCUUUAAUGUAAAAAAAAAAGUAAAAAUUGAUUAGAUCCAUGUAGCCUUGAAGGUUACAAAAUAGAUUUGUGUGUAAACAUAUUCAAAUGUGGUUGAGACAAAGAGGACUAUUUACAUUUUGGAAGUAAGUGUUUUGUUUUUUUCUGGUCAGCUUAUCACUAGUUCCUUUAUUCCACUGAAAAGCAGAACACAGCAAUCUGUAUCUGUAUCUAUCUAAAGCAGUCUCUCUUCAAAACGAAAACCAAAUGACUUCUACAGCGUAGUUACAGCUGAGAAGGUUUCACACCAGUUGGAGGAGUUUUAUAAUGCAGUGGUCACUAGACAAAAACAUGGCUUUGUAACACCCACUAAAUAAUGUAAUACUUCGGGUGUCAAUGCUUAGUUCAGUUCUAGUGGUUCUUUCAUAUUCUAAUGAUUGUUGAGAUUAGGCAUGGAAUGUUACACUUUAUGUAUUUAUGCACUUAGUUUUUAAACACAUCACCAAAAGGUGGAAAGAGUACUAGAAUAUUAUACUAAGUAUAAGUACUGUUACUUUAAAGUAUUUAAAUAUCUUCAAGUAAGAGUACUUUCAUUACAAUGUAUUUAGAUAAAGGUAAAAAGUUAUUCAGUUACAUUUUUCAAGUUAUUAUAAAUAUAAUUCAUAUUUGUUUUUUACUCUGUGAGCAAUGCGACUUGAAUUGUAGCUUGUAUACUUGCUUGUAUAUGUAUAUAUAUACUUAAAACACCUGUUGUAAAAAGUACUUAAAAGUAUGUAAAAGUCAAAUUACUCAUUUAAAAAAAUGCUGACAGUAAAUAUAAGUGGUUCCAAUGAAGACACAGAAGAGUUCAGUAACUGAAUGUUGUCUUACACCAACUGGUGAUGUUUAAAUGAUAGUGUGACCUCUGUUCAGUCUUUGUCCCACUGACUCACAUCUAUUGUCCAUGCAGUACUAUCUCUGGUGUCAUUUCUGUGCCGUACACAGCACCAUCAUCCCCAUGCCUUUGUCUUGAAACACUGAAAAAUCAGUAACUAACCUUUGACCUUUGAUCUUACAUUUCUGAUUAAUAUGCACUGUACUGUUAAAAAAUAACUCCCAUCAAACUGAACAUUUGUCAUGCAGCCAAAUAAAAAAAGCAUGCAUCAUUUGAGUUUCACCUAAAACUAUAGUCUUCCUCUCCAACACCCAUCAAACAUUACUCUACUUGUUACAUGUAACAUGCCAGUGUAUAGUUUUUUAAAAUUUCCUGGCAUUGCUGUCACUGCUAUUUUUACAACAGAGCCCCCUCCCCCAUAUGAGACCAACAAAGACAACAAGAAGAAAAAAAAACAGGUUCCUCUUCCUCUUUUUCAUUUUCAGAAUGCACGUAUUUUGCAAGUAUUAACUUUCCACUCACAGCUGUGACAGUUUUGGUAAGCUGGGUGGAUGGAGGUGAAGAGAACACACUCUGACACAGCUCUGUAAAUUCAAUGUGUCCAUUUGGUGUAAAUAUAUAAAAUAUAUUUACAUGCCCUAAUCAACAGGAACAGUUAGCUAAUGUUUACUCUAAAUAUGAGAUUGUUGUUGUUUUUUUUCACCAAUGUGCACUUUUCAUUGUGUGUAGAAACCUGUGCAGUCCUAAUGCUGUUAUAUUGAUCUGUAAUGUUUCAAUCAUGUGUCUCUAAUCUCUUCACAGUCCAUUACAGUACUUGAUCAAUAAUCAGUGGACAAAAGAGCCUUUUCCUGCCAUUCAGAUCUCUGUUAAUUAAAAUGUGAUUGACUGUGCCACUGUAAGUGUACUACUGUUUGUUGUUAAUGUUAUGAAGAGUACAGUCUAGACUUGCUCUAUAUGGAAAGUGUCAUGACAUCACUUCUAUUAUGAUUUGAUUUUUUAAUGGAAUUGAACUGACUUUGACAGUAUGUUGAUCUAUCAAGUUACAUGCUGCAUUGUUGUUGGUUGAUUUUAACAUAUAUUUUAGAACACACUCUUAGAAAGUGUAUGAAUGUAUUUCUGAUGCUGAAAUAAAUGUCAGUUCUUCUGCAACUGUAGCUCCUACUGUA